AUGGUGACACGCCUUCUCCGCCUUACACUCCUUGGCGCGCUCGCGACCACUGCGCUCUGCGGCAGCCACGCGUGGGAAACCAAGCUGCAAGAGCCAGCCGACACCCGCCCGCUGCCCGUCGACGCCGCCGGCUACGCCAUCAAAGACCCCUCGCGCGAGCACCAGUUCCGCAAGCGCUGGAUCGGCCUCCGCACCGACAGUACCGAGAGCCUAUGGCCCGAGAAGACGAUCAGCUACUGCUACUCCACCUCAGAAGCCAAGGACAAGCUCGCCAAGUUCAUCAAGCAGGCGACUAUGCUCUGGCACCAGGCCGGCCUGCACAAGGACGUCUACAAGUACAAGGAGGUCGCCAACCCCGGGGGCAGCUGCACGGGCUAUUCGAACCGGGCCAAUACGCUGGUCAUCAACGUGAGGACCGACAAGCCCUACAUGGACAGCACCGUCGGUCUGCCGUUGCUCAAUGCCCGGGACACCGAGUACAAGGGCCCGACGAUGAACCUCGACUACGAGAACGCCCGUUUCGCCUGGACCGCGAGAGGCCAAGCCGUGGUCGCUACUAUUGCGCACGAGUUCGGCCACGCGUGGGGGCUGUACCACGAGCAUCAAAAUAGAUACUUCUGGAACGCACCCGUCAGCUUCGCCAACGGUGUCAUCUUUGGCGACAAGUUCGACUGCGCGGCUAUUCCGGGCUACAUGGAGGUCUUGCAAAAGGCCAUCGCCGAUGGUAACGGUGACGAGAGGCUCCUGUGCGUCUCAAAGAGAAUGGCGGACAAGUACAAUUUUACCGCCGGGCAGUGGCUGCCGUGGAGGACUUUCAAGUCGAAAAAUUCGUAUUACGCCGGGCAGAGUUAUGAUGAUGUCGAUUGGGAAUCAAUCAUGCUUUACGGGAGUUCCGAUGGAAGUGCCACUGGAACCCCAAUCCUACUACGUAACGAUGGCCAGAGCUUUCAGUCCAACUUCCGGCCGAGUUUGGGUGAUGUGGAGGGCAUUAGGACUCUCUAUGAGCCUGCUAAUUCUUUUUCUGGUGGCUUCCCGGUUCUGCCAAACAGUUCUAAGAGUCCUUUCUACACUAAAUUUAUCAACAUGUUCAAGAAGAAUAAGGGCUGUUAG